AUGGUGCGGAGGGAGGGUAGAAGAGAUGAUACGAGCACUUCCGGUUACAGUUGCCAAGGUGGGCACCGGAGCAGUUGGGCCAGAGACGUCCCUCCCCACCCCCUGCCUGGGGGCAACAUGUCGGGGCUGAACGUGAUGGAGCUUGAGGGUUGUCGAGACCUGCUAGGUCUAAUAGAAACUCCAGAGAUCCUUGCGCUGUGCGACACCAUUACCAACCGCCUGGUUCAGCCCCAGAACCGCCAAGAUGCCAUUCGUGCAAUAUUAGCUUACAGUCAAAGUGCUGAAGAACUUUUGAAGAGAAAGAAAGUGCACAGAGAAAUCAUAUUUAAAUAUCUAGCAACGAAAGGAGUAAUUGUGCCCCCAGCUUCUGAAAAACACAAUCUUAUUCAGUAUGCAAAAAAUCACUGGAACAAGGAGUUUAACGUGGUGAACGAAACAUGGGAGAGCGUUUCAAAGACAGACAUUGUACCAUCUGAACAAGAAAAAAGAGAAAAAGAAUAUGAACAAUUUGAUGAGUGUUUCAAGUUAGGAGAAGAAUUUUGCCAGUGGUUCUUUGAGCUUCUCAACUCUCAGAAUCCUUUAUUUGGACCCCCCCAAGAACAGUGGGGACCACAGCACUUCUGGGAUGAUGUCAAGCUAAAAUUUUGUUAUAAUACAUCAGAACAAAAUGUGAUAGACUAUUAUGGUUCAGAACUGGUGAGCCUUCGUUUACUAUCUCUGGUGAAAGAAGAGUUUCUUUUUCUUAAUCCUAACCUAGAUUGCAAUGGCCUGAAGUGUGUAGCUACUCCACAUGGAUUGGUUGUAGUUGCUGUUGCUGGCACUGUCCACCGAGGCAGCGUAUGUUUAGGUAUCUUUGAACAAGUAUUUGGACUCAUCCGCAGUCCUUUUCUAGUAAAUACUUGGAAAAUAAAAUUUGUCAAUCUGAGGAUUGUUGGACAGAAUUCCCUUGAAGCUGGAGUGACAUUGCAAAAACCUUCAAUUACACUGGAAUCCAGUGCAUUAGAACCAUAUAAUGGAAAUGGAACAACAUGUAGUAGAAAUGAAGCAUUGCUUACUGAAACUUCUGCUUUGUGUGGUGGAAAUGAAAACCAGGCACCAUAUCAUAAAAAUGACGCAUCAUUUCACGCGUGUCAACUGGAAUUAACUAAUCCUCCAAAACAAUGAUUACAUCAGCAUGUCAAAUUAAAAACUUUUUAUCCAGAAUCUUUUCAGCUUAUGUGGUACCAGUAUUGCUCAAAUGAUUUCAGGUUUGCAGGGUUUGUCUCAGUUGAGAUACUUUUGUUGACUACAAACUAAAAAUGUAUGGUCAAUACUUAUCUCUUUCCACUUCGGUUUGGGCAAAUGUUGUGAGAUUUUGAUGAAGUUCAUCAAAUAAAAUCUCACUUUGGAUUUUACAGUUAAUAAUGUGCCUUAGAAAUCAAGUGAGUUUCAUUUUAUUUUUCCGAAAUUCUAAUUCUUUCAAAAUGUCUUUAUAACAGAGAAAAAUGUAUAAUGAUGUGAACAUUUCCCUGCUAAGUUCUUAUUUUAAGUUGUAUGUAUGUGUAGUUGGAUGUUUCAGAAGCAUGUUUCAAUGAGCAGCUGUAAUAGAAGGCAAAGUUGUCAUUUUCCCUCUUGAGUUUCUGAAUGGUAGCCUUAAUACAAAAUCAAAAAAUUGAGCUACUGGAUGACAAACUCUUGUAUUUAUUUAAAUGUUUAAGGGAAAAUUUCAGGGAUCUAUGCUAUGACUAUUCAUUGUGCAAACAUCACAUAAUAAAAACAUCAAAACUUAUUUUCUCAUACUAUUUUGGCAGAAUUGUAUAUUGGCACAUAUUGAUUUCAAAAUGAGCACUGAUCCUUAUUCAUGCCUACUUGAUAAAAGAGGCGGCUUUUCACUGUAACACCUUUAUAAUUUUCUAUUCUAAAAUCAUCUUAAUUAGCCUAAAUUUUUUUAAUAGUAAAUUUUACUCACAAGGUUGUUUUUUUUUGUUUUUGUGGGGUUUUUCUGCUUAAUUUGUGAUAUACACUUUUGAGUUAAUAUACUUCAAUUGCCAUAAAUAAAUAAAUGAAAACAAAUGAA